AUGGAGGGUGAUCAUGUUUGGCUCCGAGUGUCUCCCAUGAAAGGUGUGAUAGGAUUCAGAAAGAAGGGAACGCUUAGCCCUAGAUUCAUUGGACAUUUUGAAAUUUUGAGCCGAGUUGGAGAGGUGGUCUAUAAGUUGGCCUUGCCACUUAAAUUGUCAGUUGUGCAUCAUGUGCUUCUUGUCUCUAUGCUUCAAAAGUACGUGCUAGAUGAGUCCCAUGUGCUUUCUCUUGAUUUAGUUGUAUUAGGUCUAGACUUGACUUUUAAGGAGGAGCCUAUAGCCAUCUUAGAUAGCAAGGUCCAAAAGCUUAGGAGUAAGGAGAUGGCUUCAAUGAAGAUGCAGUGA